ACUGUGACACACGUGGUUCUGUAUGCUCCAUCUCCGUCUCAUGGGACAGCCAUCUGAGCCCAGGAGCGUCUGUCUGCAGAGGAAGAGCCCCCAUUACUGCGCCUCUUGUCUGUUAUUUUAUAUCCUGAUUACAGCGCAGACCUCGUGAGACUCGGGGACGUCAGCCGCCGGGCGGAGGGUGAUUUCUAUGCAUUUGUCAUUAGAGGCCGCUCUAUGGAUGGGAUACAUAAUGAAAUACUAUAUGCAAGGAGCGAGCUGUGCGAGCAUCCCUCCCCGUCUGUGUCCUAGCAACUCCCGGGAUGCAGAGCCCUGGUAAGGAGGAGGCGACAGAGGAGUGGGAAUUGUGUGCGAGGGACUGAUUCACCGCCAUCCUGAGGGCCUCAUAUGGAGAUGACUCAUGUGCGGUGAAGAAAGAAAUAAUCCACAAAGAUGAGCAACCAAACCACCCCUGAGGCUGUGACCUCUCCUCCCCUGGAGGGACUUAGAUAUUUUGAGCGAUAUACAGAGAAUGAUCCAGAAUACCUGCGAAUUCGGAACAUGGCGGCCGACCUAAGGCAGGAUUUCAAUGUCAUGGAGCAGAAGAAACGUGUUACCAUGAUUCUACAGAGCCCGUCUUUUAGGGAGGAACUGGAAAGUUUAAUUCAGGAGCAGAUGAAUAAAGGGAACAACUCCUCCAACAUCUGGGCUCUCAGGCAAAUCGCUGACUUCAUGGCCAGCACUGCACCAUCUGUCUUCCCCACCUGUCCAGUCAACUCGUCCUUGGUGGCGCCUAUCAAUGACCUCCACUGCAAUGAUCCUGUUCCUUUGGCUAAAGGUGAAAGGCUAAUGAGAUGCAAGCUCGCCAGCAUCUACAGACUCAUAGACCUCUAUGGCUGGGCCCAGCUCAGCGGGACCUUUGCUUCAAUAAGAGUUAAUAAAGAACAGGAUCAUUUCUUAAUAAACCCGCGUGGAGUGGCUUGUAGUGAAGUGUCGGCUUCCAUCCUGGUAAAAGUGAAUAUUUUGGGGGAGAUGGUAGAGGUUGGUAGCUCCAGCUUUGAGGUGGACGCCAGCGACUUCAGCCUGCACUCAGCUAUCUACUCAGCGCGACCAGAUGUGAAAUGUAUCAUUCAGCUCCAUACAGCAGCAACCACGGCGGUGUCAGCGAUGAAGUGUGGCCUCCUGCCUAUCUCACAUGAUGCUCUCCUGGCAGGAGAACUCGUCUAUUAUGAUUUCAAUGGAGACAUGGAAGAAGAAAAGGACAGGAUUGAACUGCAGAAGUGUUUGGGACCCACGUGCAAGGUGCUUGUCUUGAGGAAUCAUGGGGUUGUUUCUCUGGGCGAAUCAGUCGAAGAAGCUUUUUAUAAAAUUUUCCACCUGCAGGCGGCCUGUGAAAUCCAGGCCUCAGCCGUGCCUAGUGCCGGAGGGUCGGAGAAUCUCAUCCUGCUAGAUCGAGAAAAGUAUCGUCCACAUGAAGUGGGCACCGUUGGCUGGGCAGGGAGCAUGUUUGGACCCAUGCAGAAGAGUAGAUUGGGUGAACACGAAUUUGAGGCUUUAAUGCGAAUGAUGGACAAUUUGGGUUACCGCACAGGCUAUACAUACCGCCACCCGUUUGUCCAAGAGAAGACAAGACACAAGAGUGAUGUUGAGAUACCCGCCACAGUAACUGCAUUUGUCUUUGAAGAAGAAGGUGUCCCUCUUUCAACCUUACGACAACAUGCCCAGAAACAGCAGAAGGAGAAGACCCGCUGGUUGAAUACACCUAAUACUUACCUGAGGGUCAAUGUGGCAGAGGAAAGCGUGAGCAGCCAGAGAAGCAAGACCACGUGGCUGAAAGCAGAUGAAGUGGUAAAGCCCAGCAGUGGGAUGCCUAUCCGUAUAGAGAACCCCAACCAGUUUGUGCCGCUCUUCACUGAUCCUCGAGAGGUUUUAGAGACCAGAAAUAAGAUUCGGGAGCAAAAUCGCCAAGAUGUGAAGUCUGCCGGGCCUCAGUCUCAGUUACUAGCCAGUGUGAUAACGGAUAAGAGCAGAAGUCCGUCUGCAGAUACUCAGUUGGCCACCAAAACAGAGGCAGAACUGAGAGAGCAGCCGGUAGAAGAGGUCCCACCGGAACCUGAGCCACCGAACCCUUUUAGUCUGACUGACCAAGAGCUGGAAGAGUAUAAGGAAGAGGUGGAAAGAAAGAAGCAUGCCACUGAUGACAAAGAAGCUGCAGAUGAGGACACCCAACCAUCACUGGUGACACCUCCUACUUCUCCUGUAAGGAGUCCAACAAAGACAACAACUGUGACCGUGUCUCCUUCCAAGUCCUCUGAAGAAGCAGAGAAGGAGGAGUCAGUGCCGGAAUCUGCUAAAGUCACAGAAGAGAAGGUCCAACCAGCUGUGGUGCUAAACGGCAAGGAGGAGGAUCAACCUCCUCAGGAUGAGACACCUCCAAAAGUCACAGAAACCCCUAAGGGGAAAAACGAGACAGUGCCCAAUGCCUCUCCAGAAGGUUCCCCCACUAAAUCACCUUCCAAAAAGAAAAAGAAGUUCCGCACCCCAUCAUUCCUAAAGAAAGGCAAAAAGAAGGACAAAGAGAAGGCAGAGUCUUGAUCAUCUGGUUCAUGAAACUGUUCUGUCACAUAAGGUACACCGGCUCCUUUGCUCUCCAGGCUGGGGCAGGCGUAGGGAGCUACAUCUACUACUGCUAAGUAUGGACUCAAGAGUCUUAAGGGGAUCUUUAUUCCUGAGGUGUCUUUUAUAGGGGAUUUGUACUGCCUGGGCCCUUACAACACAGCAUGUUCACUGACUCUUGGGACAGAUACUUGCUCAGCUCUUUAAAAAAUACAUUUUUAUAAUCGUCCACUACUUAGCUGGCUUCUUGACAGACUCCAUCAACAACGACAUUACUGGUUUUGUGGGGGGGUUUAAGUUUAUUUUUGGAGUAUUUAAUAGUGCAAUGUGUUUAUUUUAGUUCUGUGAAAGUGGUGAAAGUUACAACAUGGCUGCCAAGGGUCUGCCCUGACAAAAAUGGCGCAAUAAUAAGAAUCAGUAAGUCACUAUGACAUGCCUAUAUGAAUUCUGUAGAGCAGCAGUUACCUUUUUAAUCUUCUUGUUUAUUACCUUAUUUAUUAUAGACCUGCUCUCUUCAUGGUGAUGUCAGUAGGCUACUUUGGUUAUAGCACUUAGACAUAUAGGAACUUAAAAGGUUUAGAUACACAAAAAGAGCCCCUUAAAAAAAAAAAAAACUCAUGCACCUGAUGUACAUCUAGGGAUCUAACUUGAGAUCCUGGGCCCUGAUGCAAAACCUUUAACAGAGCCCCUCGCCUGCCAUGUACCAUUACCAAUACUUGUCUUCUCAUAUGGGAUGGAGCCCUAUUGGGUCCCCUAAGGCUUCAGUGCCCAGAUGUAUCUGUACCCCCUGUGGUUAAAUCCCUGGAAAGUCCUCAAGUCCUAGUUCUCACCUUCUGCUCCAAACCAUCUUGAGCAAUCAAUAACCACUCAGAUGGAGAAGAUGUGGCUUUCAUUGACAGGAGGAUAAGCUGCAGUUUUCUAUUCAGAAGGAAAUUACAGUGACAAAACUAUUAUAUUGAAUUUAUCAGUUUGCUGUUUACAGUCGUUAAGCAGGGGCGGGCAACAUAAGCAAUAGGUGGAAAUAAGUCCUGAGCAUCUUCAAGGAUUGGACUUUACCAUUCACGAACAGAAAUAUCAGGGGGCAGCAUCUUCACAAACCUCCUUAACCCAACAAGAAAGACUGUGCUGCCCAGUGAUACCAUCCCGCCAACACACACAUUUUGUACCAAGAUAUUUUAUUUGACAAUCAUCAUUUAUAUUUAAAACUAGCAGAAUUACCCAGCUUCACAUGGGUCUAUUUUGUUUGUUGUGUGUAGUUAAAAGAUAUCAUCAGUGCCCCCCAUAACAGUGACAUCCACAGUGCCCCCCAUAACAGUAAUAUCCACAGUGGCCACCAUAACAGUGACAUCCACAGUG